AUGGCACCUUCGGAAGUUGCGGGGUUCCCACCCACCAGCAUUCGAGAGAUUGCCGCCGAGGUCUCAGCGCUGUUGAAGGAGCAAGGUGCCACUGUAUCAGUCGCGGAAACUGCGGCCGGGGGUCUCAUAUCUUCAACUCUGCUGGCGACACCCGGAGCAAGUGGAUUCUACCGGGGAGGUGUCACGGUGUACACCCUAGAGUCCCGCAUCGCAUUCGCUGGCUGGACUGAAGAUAAUCUGAAGAACUACCAUGGUCCCACCCCUGAAUUGGUGGCUGGUCUUGCAGAGAGCGUGCGCAGCAAGCUUGGUUCUACAUUUGCUAUUGGUGAAAGUGGCACAGCUGGUCCUACUGGCGGACUUACAAAAAACAGAACCCCUGGCUACGUUGCUCUGGCGGUGAGCUCAGAUUCUGGGACUGCUAUGCGAGAGGUCGACACAGGCAUGGGAACCGAUAGAGAAGCCAAUAUGGUCGCGUUUGCGACGGAAGCUUUGAAGCUACUCCGGGAUUGUCUGACUGGCCGUGUUCGGGCUGAGCUGUAA